CGCCGGAGCCCAGCCACGAUCUUUCUUUCCCGGUAGCUAGAGCCGUGUCGCAGCAGCACGCACGAGCUAGCCAACGAGCGUUUUCUAGCGGUUCGCUCUACAAAAAGCGGCCGCCUGACGCGCACAGCCACACACACAACUUCCUGCUCUGUUGUGUGCGAACAAGGAAGGGAGGGACGGACGAGCCGCCGCCCGCCACCCACACGCGCGCACACGGACCACACCCACACAGGCGGCGGCUCAUGGCUCCCUCCUCCCUCCACCUCCUGACCCUCUCCUUCCUCCUCCUCCUCGCCUCGACGCCAAUCUCCGAUGGGCUGGAGCUGGGGGCAGACGGCGGCGGCGGCGGCCUGUACAGGGAGAUUCUGCGGGACGAGACGGUGCGGCGGCUCAAGGAGCUGGGCCAGAUAUCUGAUGGGGAAGGUUACCUUGAAAGGACAUUCUUGAGUCCUGCUUCUCUCAGAGCUACUGGAGUCAUUAUCAGCUGGAUGGAAGAUGCCGGACUUCCGACGUGGGUUGAUCAAAUGGGUAACAUUCAUGGUCGAUUUGAACCGGCCAAUUCAAGCAAAGAGGCUUUAUUGAUUGGAUCUCACAUGGACACUGUCAUUGAUGCUGGCAUGUAUGACGGAGCCUUGGGCAUUAUUUGUGCAAUUUCUGCUCUGAAGGUUUUGAAAGUUACUGGCAAACUUCAGAGGCUAACUAGACCAGUAGAGGUGAUUGCAUUCAGCGAUGAGGAGGGUGUUAGAUUUCAAACAACAUUUCUGGGAAGCGCAGCUGUAGCUGGUACACUACCUGAAUCAAUUUUACAAGUAUCUGACAAGAGUGGCACUACAGUUCAAGAUGUUCUUAAGUUGAACUCCUUUGAGGCUACUGCCGCUGCUCUUGGUCAAGUCAAGUACAGCCCGGAGUCGGUGGGCAGUUAUGUUGAGGUUCACAUGGAACAAGGGCCUGUCCUGGAAGCCCUCCGUUAUCCCCUUGGCGUCGUAAAAGGAAUUGCAGGACAGACUCGAUUGAAGGUCAUAAUUAACGGUUCCCAAGGACAUGCUGGGACGGUUCCAAUGAAAUUGCGCCGUGAUCCGAUGGUUGCAGCUGCAGAGCUGGUGGUAACACUGGAGAGCCUGUGCAAAGAGCCCCACAGGUUCCUGACGUACGACGAGGAAUGCGGGUGCUUCACGGAGGAGUCCCUCGCGGGGCUUGUCUGCACCGUCGGCGAGCUCACGACGUGGCCCAGCGCCAGCAACGUCAUACCCGGCCAGGUGAAUUUCACGGUGGACAUACGAGCCAUGGACGACAAGGUGCGGGAGACGAUCGUCACGAGCUUCUCGAGGAUCGUCCUCCAGAGGUGCGACGACAGGUUGGUCGACUGCGCCGUCCAGCACAAGCAUUCGGCACCGGCCACGCCGUGCGACCCGGAGCUGACGACGCAGCUGGAGCUCGCGGCGCGGUCGGCUCUUUCGAAUACGAUGACGUCGCCCGGCGGCGGCGGCGGGUGCAGCGCUGAGGCCGAGAGGACGCCGCCGGUGCUGAUGAGCGGCGCGGGGCACGACGCGAUGGCGAUGGCGAGGCUGACCAAGGUGGGGAUGCUGUUCGUGCGGUGCCGCGGCGGCGUGAGCCACUCGCCGGAGGAGUCCGUGCUGGACGACGACGUCUGGGCUGCGGGCCUCGCGCUGCUCCGCUUCGUCGAACACCAGAACGUGGCCGCCGCCGCGGAAGAAGAAGAAGAGCUGUGAAAUUGGAUCGGGCUGAUUCUUCGGUGGGUGGGUGGGUGGGCCUGUCGUGGCCUGCUAAGCUUGUGUACAUAAAAGAUGGAUUGCCGUUGCGUUAUUGGGCCAGCAAAUUAAUAAAGGGCCCGGGUCUCUUCGGUGAGACUUUUAAUUGAAGGAAUGGCGACCUAGGCCCGGCCCUGUCCGCGGGCACAUUCGAUGUGAUCCAGAGCGAGGCUGUUGCCUGUUGGACAGCGAGCAUCCUCUCAAAAAAAAAAAAAAGACAGCGGGCAAUGCUGCAGCAGGGCAAGCUAGAUUUGACAAGCUAGCUAGGCCCAGGCCCGGCCGCCGCCGGACGUCUCCGGGAUGCCGCGCGGAGAUACGGAAGGUAGCGUGUGGUCUGGGCUCUCCCUCUCCUGCCUGUCUGCUGUGCUGUGCUGUGCUGGUUGGAAACCCAACUUCAAUUUCUGCUCUGUUGAUUGAGCGCAUUGUAGGAGCAGUUAUCUGAGCCGAACGCUCUCCC